AUGAGCGAAUGGAGAGAUCGAGGCUAUGUCCCGGACUCGGAUGAGGACGAUGUGUCUUUGGUUGACGAAGAUGCUGAUACGACAAUAACAACACGAGAGACGCCGAGGACGACGACAACACCCGAUCAACGAUGUGCUUCUGUGGAAUUGAUUGAUGAUGCCGAGACGGAUAGAAGAGAUGGAAUCAUCAGUCCUUUGACGACGAGGAAGGAAUCGCAAGGACCUGCUCAGGCUUCGGAAGAGGACACCACAUUCGACAUACCAGAUGACGGCCUCGAUGCACAGCAGACAGUCCAGGAGCCUUCGGCUGGGCAGCCAAUAGUCUUGAUCACCCAAAACAGAAGCGCAGAGUCGCCGACAGAGACCAACAAGAGUGUUAGAACGUAUAGUCGAAAGUUUAGACCAGGAGCAUUGAAGAGGAUCAAAAGUACAGUCAACACGACCGGCCAUGUCGAGCAGGAUACACAAGAAGAUGAUGGAUUCAUGGACAUCGAUCUGUUGGUUGAAGACAAUGUCGAACCUAAACAGGCACCAUCUUCGUCAGCUCCCAUCAUCGCGCCUUCCCAAGCCGAGCGACGUUUGUCUGUCUCAAGCUCCGACCUGUCCGACGUCGACAUGCAGCUCAUCUCUUCUCCGCAACCCUUCUUUCCUCCACCUUCAAGUACGGCAAGAACCAACGAUUCGAUACCGAGACUUCCCAGCCAACCUGAGACGUCCGCCCUCGAGAGUGCUGUCACCUCUCUGUCUGAUCAACACCUCGCUGAACUUGCUGCUCAACAACCUCGACGCAACCUUCGAGCACGAAAAGCCAUCCAGUUGACUCCUUAUGCCAUCGAAAUUCAAGAAUAUCGUCGUAGACUUAGAGCUGUUGGCGUGAGACCCAUUCAAAUCGCCAACAGCCAGCGACCAAGAGACCAAGACGACUCUCAGGAUGCCGAGUUCCGUCAGGAAGAGACUCAGCCUCGACGUCGCCAACCGGAUCAUACGCAGGAGUCGACUCCGCCAGAAUCCUCAGCUUCAUCCACCCACAGUCAAUCGCCACCUCUUGACUUGUCCAACCUUGUCGGUGAUGACGAAGACGAGUUUCCUGACCUCGAUACCAUUCGCCGCCGUGUCAACGGUGCUAUUCAAAUUCGUAACAAGCGCCGCAAGACUCUCGAGACUCCUCACACUGAUCAAAAUGGACGUAUGCUACCUUCGUCCACAUCAAGAGCCAGAGGAAGGUUAAAGUCGCUGAACCCGAAUCGCGUCCAUUCAAUCACGAACGGGUCCCUCAAUCAAGACUUACUGCCACUUUCACCUCCACGGACGUCAAGCCCAGCGAAUGCUGAACCCACACCUGCCGCCCCUCCUCGCUUCAGGCUUCCGUAUGGUCACAAUUACGCAGCUGCACCUACUCCACUCCCAUCGUCGCCCGAGCAGCCUACUUCCACAUCAGUCAGGCGUCCUCGCCAAGUAGUCAUAUCGUCCGAUGAUGACGAUGCUGCGACUCGUCACGAUGCUAAUGUAGAGGCCAGCUCCUCAUCAGAGUCAGACCAUGAAAACAGACAAUUGAUGCGUAUGCGACGAAGGAUCAGGGGCGUGCUGCCUGCUUCUUACCUCAAGUUUGACAGACAGGUCAGACUGCCGUCACCUUCGGUUGCCCCUUCCUUAGUCCAGAUGGAGACACCCAGACCAACGGCCCCUGUUAGAGGUGUUGCUCAACGAAGAGUCACAAGCACUUCUGCCAUACCAGCUCGUCAAAACAGCCAUGUAGUUUUCUCUGACAACUCCGACUCCGAGAGCUCGCUUGCGGAACUUCCAGCGCCUCGUCUGCUUCAGACUAGACUGCCUUCACCAAUUACUGGACGCCCAUCAGGUCGACCUUCCGAGACCUUGGAGAUUGACGAACACGAUGAGAUUGAUGAUAUGUUUCCAAUUAGUGAAAGGAAUCAUUUCAGAUUACCUGGAAGCAAAAGACAGUCUAGGCUCCCAGCCACGUUUACACGCACCAAGUCCUCUUCGGGACAGGCUCAUACUGGUCAAAAACAGAAAGCCACUGGUGAUUCUGCAGCUCGGAAGAUUACGUCGCACCACAAGACAAGCACGAACGGGAAGAGAAAAACAGCUGCGAAGAAGCCCAAGCCAGUCCAGCUGAGUAUCUUGGAUGCCGGCACCCCUACGGAACCCAAAUUGCCACGGGCAGUACCAAGGCCUCAGUUUGUGCGUCUUGCUGCCCGCCAGGCUCGUACACGACCUGAUCACGGCAGACACAGCCCGACCAACAAGGAGAUCCGUCUUGCUACAAGAGAAGACACACAAGAUGCUCUCGAGCCGUUGUUGUCGUGGCGAGCAGGCAACUUGAAUCGCAAUUGGGUCCCCCCGCCUCAGGAUGCAAGUUCUGUCGGCAGUAUUCGUAACGAUGAAAGACUACGAGAUGCUGAAGCGUCCAAUGGUCCAGAAAGCUCAUUUGCAACGAGUGGUCCAAAGCACCGAAGACCUGGACAGCCACGACCUCUUGUGAGUGCAAGGCCGAGACAACCGCAACAGCUACAAGAGGGAGGCAACGACGUGCGAAAGCGUACCGCUCCAAACCUACUUCGAGCAAAUCAAAGGAGAUUGCUUGAACGUGAUCAUCGGAUGCGGCCAGCUCAGCUAGAGAGCGUAGCUCAAGCCACACAUCGUGAUCUUGAUCCGCUUACCUUCGCUGCACCACCAUCCCGUUUGAUGGAGAUCUUUGCUCGAGACAGACGAGACGAGCCAGCCUCCAAAUUCCGACUCGAGCGCUUCCUCAAAGACAAAGGUCAUUCUUCUGAAGCCAGUGUCCCGAAUCAGAUGCAAGAUCAGGGUGCCAACAUGACAGGCACUGACAAUGUUUCUUCGCACGCACGAGCUCGCAAAAGGAUGGCUCGACGGUUCGAUGUUGAGACAACCAGAUUUCGCCAACCAAACGAGCCCUUGCCUGUUGAUGUUCCUCUCAUCUCUGCUCAAGAUCCAGGACCUGUUCAAACAGAUGGUGCACUCAAGGGUGAGAUACUGCAAGGCUUGGGCCCUUUUGGCACCCGAUAUCCUACAGACUUCGAUGUCAGACCGCUCGAGAUCGGUACUUACUUUGCUACCAGCACAUUUGUGGGUAGUGGAGACUUCAAUGAUUGCCUGACGUUGCGCAAGCGCGACCUCGAUGUACCUGCUGGUCGUAUAACGGUAGAAGUAGCUGGUCGCUCGUUGCACUGGAGUGCAUGGAACGAAGAUGUCUCCGCCGGUCUUGAUCUCAUACUCACAGCUUGCACGGAAGAUUUACACGCUGUCGGAGAGUUCGAGACUACAGAGAUGCGACGAACAGCCAUCGAGGAUACCGCCGCUCGAUUAAACUAUUUCUUACGCUCUGUUGUGAGAUAUCUCUCAGGCUGUCUUCACUUUCUGGACACCAUCGAUCGGUGCUUAUGCUUGAGCCGCCUCUCCCGCUUUGUCGACGAGUUCGUAGAUAUGGUCGAAGUGGAAACGAUUGUUCUCAAACCUCACUCAGACAUACGGAGUCAUGUCGACAGACUUGUAGUCGACUCACUUUUGUACUUGCUUUGUGUCACUGUACAAUCUGUACGCAUCUCGCAACAUCCUACCACUGAUCUCAGGCUACAGACGCUCCUUGUGGAGAAGUGUGUUCGUUUGAGCACGAAGGUCAUCGCUGCAGCGCUACCUUCGAGACUGAUUGCAGUCCGUGAGUUCCUGGAAACUCAUCGCGAGCACGCUCAUCGUGACUCUGGUAUCCAGGAGCAAGACAUUGCUAUCAAGAGUAUUGUGGUUGUCAAUCAUGUGCUUACCACUGUCAAUGCAUCAGUCAAGCUUUCUGAAAUCAUCAACACACAACAAGGUCGUGCAAUUGGUACGAUCUGCAAUAUCCACUCCCUGGACCAGAUAUGGUAUGAUGCAUUUUCUAUUCAGCCUCUCCUUGAGAUUGAUGCAAAAGGCGUAUUCCGACCACGGAGCAGGUUCCAGGCGACUAAUGACAAUUGGAAUUUGGUAAAGAUGCUAUUGCAGCGGACCUUCGGGUUGUAUUCAGCAACUAGCAAGGCGCGCACUCCAACGCUCAACGACUAUGUACGGGCAUGUCUGGCCAGAGUGUAUCAUCUGAUCACACGUUGGGGCUGGCAGAGGUGUGAGCCUGCGCUGGGAACAAUAUACGACUUCUUUGCUGGUAACAAUCUCUCGCAACUUCGCAAGGAAGAGGGUAAAGGGUCACCACGCUUUCUCGAAGAUCUUGACAAAGACCCGACAAUCGAGCUCGAAGCGUCUGAUUGUGCCUUCCAUAUGUUUCUCAAGCUGCUUGUGGUUGGGUUGCGAGGCUUGCAACAAACCUUGCCCAAAAACAAAGUCCGAGGCUUCGCAUGGAGAUUCAUCCCCAACCAUGGUCGUACCUAUCAGAAAGAGCAAGAGGUCACUCAUGUCGCACUCAAUGCCUUGCGCAAUCAUCACGAUUUGCUAUGCACGCUUUACUGGGUUAUGCCGUCUGGUUGUGGACCUCGAUUGCAGAUGAUCAGAGAUUUGGUCGACCACGACAACUCGCAUCGAGAAGCUUGUCGGCUGAGCGUGCGCGCCUGGGGUAUGAUCGCUCGUUACCAACUCUCGCAAGUUGAACCCUUCAAUGAUGAGGAUAUCUUGGCCUCAUGGUGCAAAGACAUGAUUUCGACCACCAUAUCUCAAUAUCGACUUGCCAGAUCUGAGGCAGAAGCACAUUACGCUGCUGCGAGAUCUACAGGGCUCACUGAUAUCUCACCCGAGAUGCUCGAGAUGACCAUCACAACCAACCAACGGAGCAUUUUUGCCAUCCUGCAGGAUCUGCUUCUAGCAAUGCGCAAUGCUGUCAAGAUUUCCAAGUCAUGGUCCAAAGUUCGCAACAUUAUCGAACAGUCGAACUUGAUCGAAGUGCUUAAGCUUUUCGAUCUGAAUCAGUCCAGGCUUUCCGUCGCCAUUGUACAGACACUAGAUAUUGUUGAUGAAUUGCUUGUAGCCAAGAGCAGGCUCUCCAAGCCCUUACAGCAAGAAAGUCAACCGGGCAGUGAUGACAGCCAGGACUAUGGCGAUUGGUCUUUCAUGGAUCAAGUCAUGGAAGAGCCAGAAAGCUCGGAGCCGAAGACUUCAGAAGUGGCAUUUCUGCAAGAGCCUAUCGCUUCACUUCUUUCGACAUGCUUCGGUUCAGAGAAAAGUCCUGACGAUGCGCUUCUCAAGAGAGUCGUGGAUGUUUGGACCGCCACUGCUCAGCACUUGACCAAAGACCAUGUUCUUGACUGGUCAAGCUUCUUGGAUGUCUACAGCACAACGUCAUGGUUCCAGCUUCGAGAGACAGAGCAAAGGCACAAGUACACUUGCUACUUCCUUGCAUCUGUCAUUAAAAGCGACAAGUCAAGUCUCACCGAUCAUCGAAUCCUGUUCGUAAAAGCUUGGUUCGUGUCGUUGUUUGAGCGCGAAUCGAUGCUCAAAUUUCAACAUCGUCUCACAGCGAGUCUGUUAGAGAACACGAUCUCAGAGCCACUAUUGCACAAUCUGCCGUUCGCCGCUGACCACGAGACUGGCGAGUACCGUAUCAACAUGGCCGAGUUUCGACAAAGGCGGAUCAGUCUCAUUGGCAGCGUGUUGUCGAACAUGCAUUCUCUGCUCAACUCGAGCCAGUCUUCGACAAUGUCAGAAAGUAAAAGAGAGUAUGUUGACAUGCUCAAGGCUGCUAUGCAGCAUAUGCGCGGUACCUACGAACGACUGCAGAACAUGUCCGGGCGACUCGGUGGAUCAUCUUAUGACAACGUCAAGGGGGCCUACGUUGAGUUCGUCCAGUCAAUUAUCUCCCUCAUGCAGCAAUACACGUCAGACAUCUGCCCCAUCGAUCCCUUCUUUGUGGACUCUGCUGCCUUUCCACUUCCGUUGGACGACCCAACGUAUGUCAAGGCGAAGCUUAAGAGUUACGAUUCGAAGUUGGGAGACAGUCGUGCUCGUAAACAGCUUGCUGUGUUUGUGCAGACAGUCAGUGAGCGCGCAGCUUCGGAGAACCAGCAACCAUAUCUCAUCAAACAGAUGCAUGACGCCCUUACCGGGAAUACAUCAAGAGGCCUCAGGAGUGUGGUUCUGACGGCUUUGCUACCGGCAUAUAUCGAAUGUUCGAGUCUCUCAUGUCGAGGUUGGUACUUGGCCACACCGCUCGUUGAAGCCAGUAGCAUGGUUAUCUAUGACAUGAUCUUCGAUCUGGAUAUUACCGAUCAGACAGGCAUGGACUUGGACGUCAGUGCUAUUACCUCAAUUCUCAUGACAACGUACCGCUUUGCCAUGUCAAUACCAUCUUCGCCAACAUCGCAUGACGUCGGGUCUUUACGUCUUCUAGUAGCAAUUUUUGGCCUCGUAGAACAGAGCCUCACGCUUGUCGAAUACGUCCAUCGCGCUACCGGCAAAGCGAGCGACGCCAUGGAGUCACUCCGUCGUCUCAUGGCAUUCGGCGAAGAGUUCAGUGCUCGAUUUAUGGCACCUCCCAUUCCUCUUCCGGAUCUAGAUUCACUGAUGACACCAGACCCUCCAAUACUCGAUAGUGUACAUUGUACUUGGCAGGACACGCUUGAGUUUGCCAAACGUAGCCUCUCAGAGUCACUUGCUAGAGCACUGUCACGAAGCUGGGAGACGGACCUUGAAACCGUCGAGAAUGAGAGUAUGAGGGUUGUGGCUGCUGUGGAUUUGUUCAGACGCAGUUACAAUGUUAUUGUGUGUCAUGGGCAGAACGUUAUGCAAAGUGCCGUGGAUGGAGAUGAGAGUGAGAGGGAUGAGGAGGCGGAAGAAGAAGAGCAAGAGAUUGAGAGGCAAGGACUUGAUGAUGUGAUGAUUGGGAUGCAAGGAUUGGGCUGGGGAGGCUUGGUGUGA